GAUGGAACUUGCCGAUGAUGCCAAUAACGGCGAACAGAACACCGAGGGAAGCAACGACGUGCAUGUUAUCAGUAAUGAUGCUCUGAAUACGGUGAGUUUGGAUCUUGCAAUGGCUUUUAUUGUUCGGGAGUUUUUCAAGUAUAGUCUUGUUUCUGACAUCUUUCCCGACUCUCAUCCCGUCCCUUUUCUUCUCAGGCAUUCAAAGAUACGGGAAUAUCAUUCGAAGAUAAUUCGGAUCCAGAUUUCGAUUUCAACAAUUUGCUAACAGAAAUUUCAUCUCUAUCGGAGAAGGUACAUUGGAAAACCGCCGCUCGAAGAUUCAAACAAUUGAUCAAGCGUUUCGGACAGAAUGGACCAGAAUCCAGAGAAAUCCCUGAAUCUGUAUUUACGGAAGUGCUUACGGCUUACAUGCAGAGUAGACUUCACGGAGCUCGUGCUGCAGAACCAGCACGACGGGCGAUGGAAGAGAUGAUUUCGCAUGGAUACAUGGUCCCCUCAGAGAUUGCAAACUCAUGCAUUAAGGACUGUCUAGGGUUUGAAAAGGAUGGUAGUCACGAAGGAUUUGCUGGAAUUGAUACCGCGUUGGCGAUGUUGGCAGCGGUGGAAUUAUCGGAAGAAAACCCUACCCCAAUCUUCGUGGACACAUAUGAGAAACUUAUUACCACGUUGGCCAACGAAGGAUCGAUCGAUCAUGCUCUUCAAAUGCUUCGAACGACUGUGGUGGACAAGGCUGACACUCCAUCACUGAAGGUCUUUGCCGAUGUUGCUUCAGCAUGCGUGGAAGGCUCUGACGAACCAGAAAAACUGAUGACAGGCUUGGCAUACGUCAAGGCAACUGGAUACGAACUGGACAACAUUGCGUCUACUGUUGACGGCCGAAGUAUUCUCGCCGCCGGAGUCAUUGCCGCCGAAAAAAUGAACAAUAUUGGUUUGGGAUUACGUUUUUUGACGGCUGCCAGUCAAGCUGAAGGGUGUGAACCAGAUAGAGGAGAUACUCUAGUUGCAAAUCUCUCCCCGGCAUCUCAGCGUGCGUGUACAAUCAUCCAUCGUCGAGCUAUUCUUAAAGCCGUCGAAAAUGGCAGCUGGAAACUCGCUGUGAAACUAUUGGAACUGAUGCUUGAAAGAGGGUUGACGCCAUCACCAAGCGUUUGGAGAAACGUCGUCAUCUUGUGUACUAAAGAAGAAAAGAGUAGAAAAGCCACGGCAUUAUUGUUGGACUGGGUAAGUUCUGUGUUGUGUCUUAUGAGUUUUUUGUGAAAGAGAUACUCUUCGUAGACGAUGCUGAUGUCAACGCGCUUUUCUUUGAAACUCAGAUCGACUUGUACAAUCAAGAACGUGCAGAGAAACCCCCACUGAGAGUGUUCAAUUCGGUAGUCAAUGCAUGUGAAGUGUGUGGAGAGGAAGAGUUGACAGUGAGGGUAUUGGAUGCAAUGAAAGAGACCCACGAUACGGAGGGUAACCUUAUUACAUUCAAUAUUGCUCUGAAGCGACUAGCGAAACAAGGCAAUUCAAUGGCUUGUGAAGGUAUCAUCAUCGGUAUGCUUCAGGGUGGAAUUGAACCUUCUGUUGUCACGUAUACAACAGCCAUUGCUUCUUGCGUAGCGGAUCCCAAGAAGUCAGAUGUUGCCAUUGAAUGGAUCAAGCGAAUGAAAUCAAGAUUGGUUCAACCGAAUGUUAUCACGUAUAAUACCGCCUUUGCAUCUUGUUUGGAUGGUACUAUCGAGGGUACGAAGCGAGCAAGUGAGCUCGCAGUUGGUAUGAUCAAUGACAUCAAGUCUCAAUUAGACGCAGGAAUCUUAUCAAAGGAUGACUACACCAACAUCAUUCCAAAUUUCUACACCAGAACUCUCGCAAAGAGCCUUGUAGAACAAGCAGAUGCACAAAUGAAGAAAGGUGAGCUCGAUGAAGACGACGCCGAGUCAACCAUUCGUGGACCGUUCCUCGAAUUGGUCGAUUUCUUGAAUUCUGAUCUGGCCCAACUAGCAGAGAAACAGAAGCAAUAUGUGAAGGACCAAUUAGAUGAUAAAGAAGCUGAUAUCGAAACAACAAUAGAAAACGCGGAAGAGGAAGUGGACGAAGAGCUGGAAUAUUCUGUAGCAAUCAGCACACACAGGGCAGCUAUGGUUUAGAGGGAGGAAAGAAAGGGCCAGCAAAUAGAUCAGUGACCCUGGAUUAAAAUUAUAAUUUUUCA